AUGACAAUCAAUCCUUCUCAAGGUGGAGUUGUGACUAAAACUGGUACUUCAUCUCAAGGUGGAGUAAGUUCACAGUUGGUUGAUUCAGAGGUUGAAGAGAUUGGAGGAGAUUCACCUGGACUCAAGUCACUCAGAUUAGUGGUUGAAGGACCAUCUAAAUCAAAACAAGAUAAGCAAAAGAGGGUUAUAACAAAACCUGUAAGGUAUAUUGAGACUUGUUUUGGUUUUGCUCUAACUCUGGAAGAUCUUUCGAUAGGAGAUGUACUCACUGAAGAGGGAGCAGUAGGUUUUGCACUUGCUGCAGCUAGAGUUAUAGAGAUUGAUGAACCGCAGAGUUAUGCAGAGGCUAUGGAGAGUGUUGAUUGGAAAGAGGCUUGUUUUAAAGAGAAGGAUGUUAAGGUUCUAGAUGGUUCUAGAACAUAUCUUGUGUCAUAA